AAUUUAGUCGCAGGCUGUUGGUUGAUUCGAGUGAGUGGCGCGCGGUUCGGUAACAUCAAGAAAAAUGGUUGUUACGUGUGAGAUCAGCUUCGAUAAUAAUAGAUUUGGCACCUUCUAUGCCGGACAGCUGGUGGGUGGCAGUGUAACACUCAAGUCCGACAAACCAAAGGAAGUUCAAGCUAUCUUGCUCAAGGUAGUUGGCUACUCCAUCACCAAGUGGAGUGAGAAGAGUCUGGGAUCCACUAAGCAGUAUGCUGGCAGAGAAGACUAUCUAUCGUCCAAUACCUAUCUGGUGGGGUCCGAGCAAAACAACAACAGACACAGCAUAGAGGCUGGCGUGCAUAACUAUGAUUUUUCCUGCCAGCUGCCCUACCAGUGUCCUUCCUCCUUCGAGGGUCGCUACGGCUGCAUACGAUACAUAGUGAAAGUCCUGCUCAUUCGACCCUGGAAAUACGAUCAGGCCUAUACCACGGGAUUCACAGUGCUCAAGAUGAUGGAUCUGAACUUUGAGACCCCACAGCUGCGGUUGGCGGCACACAGCGAGGGGUAUCGCACCUUCUGCUGCGGUCCCUGCAAGACGGAUCCGCUGAAGCUGGAGCUGAAUCUGCCCCAGGCGGGCUAUGUGCCUGGACAGAAGAUACCCGUCACCGUUGUGGUGGUGAACAACACCAGUGUGGCCGUCUCCCAGCUGCGUCUCUCCCUGGUGAUGCUCAUCCGCUACUUCAGCCUCAGUCCGGAUCACGCACGCGUCGAACGCAUCAUCAUCUCCAGAGCGAAGGGAGACUCCGUGCUGAAGCAGUGCACCCGCUCCCUGACCAUUGACCUGCCCGUACCUGCGACGCCACCCACCUGCGUGGAGCUGAGCAAUCUCAUUCAGAUUGCCUACCAGGUGGAGGUGGAGGCGCUGGUCAAGAGCCUCCGCGAGGAGCAGCUGAUGGUUAUGCCCGUGACGAUUGGCACCAUGCCCCUGGCCGUAUCGGGGAUUGUUGUCCAGCAGCCACCACGACGAAGUGCUCGCUAUGAUGGCCCCGCAGAUGAGUUGCCUGUGAUCACGGCCCUGGGGGCUGUGCCCAACGAUUUGACGCCCAGCCAAGGGAAUGAUUUAUCUGCACCCACAUAUGAGGAAUGCAUACACACUCCGCGCGGAAAUAUCAACGAGGAGGAGAUCCAUGCUUUUGGCAUCAACGCAUUUGCGCCUCUGUAUCCCGUUUACGGUAUGCCAAGUGCCACGCCAAUACUCUCUGCGAAUGUGAGGAGUGCAGGGCUCGUCAAUCAGAGCUUUGAGAAAUAAACAGCUGGCAGUGCCAAUUUUUUAAAGAUAAUAAAAAUAAUAGAAAUUUAACCGCCAUCUUUGAAGCAGUGCACUGCUUGCUCUGUUAUGCUUUCACUGUUGCGCUACAACUGUUAAGCUAACAUAGCAGGUGUCUGUUAUUGCUGUUCCAGAGUUGCAAAAACAUGUUGCCAACAACUUAACACGUUGCCAAAGACUAACAGCAUGCUGCCAACGAUAUAACAUGUUGCCAACAACUUAGCAUGUUGCCAAUUUUUUUAAAUUAUGCUGCCCAAAAAAUAACAUGUUGCCAAUUUAAUAAAAACAUGCUGCCAACACUUAACAUGAUGCCAAAGACUAACAGCGUGUUGCCAAAGUCCUUGCAUUUUAUAGCGCGGAAAGUGACUGUUAAAACUUUCUUCUACAACGUUAGUGUUAAUGUAACGUAAUGUACAUUCGUGUAACAUUGUGUCCCAAAAUGCACUGUUAAAAAUGCACUGCUUUGUUCAGCAGAAUCGGCUUUAUUCUAGAGUCAG